AUGUACUUCGCCACCAUCCUCGCCUCUGCCAUCGCCCUUGCAGGCGCUGCUUCUGCGGCUGCCGUGCCUACACACCGCUACGCCCAACUCCGUCUCUGGGGCGAACCCGAGUGUGCGACUCUGAACCUCGGAGAGGAGGGAAUCUACGGUGACCAGCUUGCCAAGUGUAACCCCUUGGAUGAAAAUGAUGUCGUUCGAUCUGUGAGCUUUGAGGCUGCCGAUGCCGGAUGUACUCUGUACAUCUACAGCGAUCUGCAGUGCCAUCUUGAUAAGCACGAGGUCCCUGUUCAGACUUGCUUGAGCGGAGACAAGUAUUACCGCAGCUAUGAGCUGUUCUGUGAUGUUUAA